AUGGAGUCCCGCCCCGCGACCACGGAGCCAUCCAACAAACGGCCUCGAUCUCCUACGAGCGACCAACAACCACAGUCCAAAUUACCUAAAACACACUCCAACCAUCUACAGAUCAACUACCUUGCGCGACAAUGCCCUGAAAACCUCCCUCUCGUUUCCGCCAAUGACAAUAUGCCCUCAAUCAUUCAUCUGAUCGGAGAAUAUGACGGUGUCCUCCAUCGCCAUGAGAGCAUCGCCGGAAACUUGGGCGCAUGUCCUCUGGGUCCCAUUCUUAUCAAGCGCUUCGAGCGCCUAUUCGAUGGACCUCCGCAAGUGCUUAAAUCGCAUGACAAGGAUGGGACGGUGACUUGGUUGGACGUGGUCGAGUUCGCGAAAAGCAAGCCGGAGCAAUUUAAGCUGGAGAUGUCUCGCAGCGGCGCGCGCAUCUGCCAGUUUUACACCAAGCAAUGCCAUGUGGAGAUCAGUGAGGAGGACUUUGUGCUGAUCGCGUCGGGCAUGCCUCAGAAGAUGAUCCCGCCACAGCCGAUCAUCGAGGAUGAGGAGAAGGAGUUGGGCGCUCUAGAAAUCCUAGAGAAGAAUCUACAGCAAAUUAUUCAGAUGGCCGAUCAGGCAUCCGCCCGAGCUCGCCAGCUCAGUUAUCGUCUGAAGAACCGCCGCACCGCGAUCGUGAGCCGCCGACAGAACGAUGCAACUCUACAAUCUCGUCCUGGAGAAUGGCGCGAAUUCAACGGAAAUUCCUCAUUGAACGGGCAUUCCCAUGCUUCACCAUCUGGCUUUGUUGCUGUCAACGCAGCUCGAGCCGAGGCCGAGGCCGCCGAAGACAAUCCGCUAUCAGCACAAUUCCCCUUCUCAUCCAACACCGAUAAUGUCACAAUGAUAAAUGGAACCUCUAUCAAAGGCGCCUCACCGACAACCCGCGCCGAGCUGAUGAAAAAAUUCUUCACCACGGCCGAUCGCCAGGCGCGUGGCUACGAUGACGCAGGUCCCAUCAAUCCUAUACGACCUCGAGCUCAGGCAUCAGAAGCUCCCACAGAUCCAAAUAUCUACACCAAUGCCUCAAGCCCAGCGGUCCCUAUUCCCAGCACCCCAUCCUCACUGCUACCUCCGCCUAAAAACACUCCCCAGGAAAAAGAUGACGGUGGUCCUUUCAAGCUAGAGAUGGUAGCCCGCAUGGAAGAGACGCCCCGUGGCGAGCGGGUAACACCACCCUGCGAUCGAUGCCGUCGACUCCACAUGGAUUGUCUAAAGAAUCUGACUGCCUGCGUAGGCUGCACAAAGAAACAUGCCAAGUGCUCCUGGCGAGACGUGAAAGAGGACGAGAUACGCGCUGCCUGGGCUCCAUCCACACGAGAACGACCAAUGGAGGAGCUCAACCGCGCCUACAAUCUACCUCCCCACCAUCCUUCUGCAGGUCCCCGCACCUCUGACGAGCGUCACGCAAGUCCAUAUGACACCGCCUAUGCUCACCAUAACCGACGCGAAUCUGCACCGAGCGCCCCUCGUAUCCCCCCACCCUCGGGCGCAUCAGUAAACCUCCCUUCUUCUGAAAACUCCCCUCGCAGGGCCGUCAGCGAGACAGAAAGCAGUGGCCGACCAUACCAUGCCCAGCCGCCUCGGCAUGAGGAGGAAGAUCCUGAUGCGAAUCAGCGGUUGAUGCAGGCUAUCCUUGAUACGGUCGAUCAUCACACUCGUGUUGCGGCCGCUGUGGAGGAGAAAGAACGCGGUGCUGAACGCCAUCCGGAUCGUGGAGAUGUUCCUCAUAAUCGGGAUAUUGAUCGAGAACGAGAACGAGAACGAGAACGGGACCGGGAUAGAGAUCGGGAUCGGGAUCAUGAUCGGGAAAGACGGAUUUUGCAAACCUGA